AUGAGCGCCAACCGCGGUGCCAAAAUCAUCCUCCACUCCCUCGAACGCUCUCGCUCGCAACGCAUCCUCUGGCUCCUCGAAGAGCUCACUCUGGCCUACGAGAUCCGGCCCUACAAACGGGACGCCCAGCAGCGCGCCCCGCCCUCUCUGAAGCAGCUACACCCGCUCGGCAAAAGCCCCGUGCUCACCAUCCAGCCUGCCCCGGGCAAGGGCAAACCGGAGCUUACCCUGGCCGAAUCCGCGGUUAUCGUCGAGUACCUCGUCGAUCACUUCCCGACCGCCACCGCCACCAAAGCGCUGACGCCGCCGCGCUGGAUCGCCGGACUGGAGGGCCAGCCCGGGGGUGAGACCGAGGCGUGGCUGCGGUAUCGGUAUCUGAUGCACUACGCGGAGGGAAGUCUGAUGCCGUUGGUUGUAACGCGAAUUUUAAUGGAUGGUUUAGAAGCUGACUGGCCGGUUUUUGGAGUGGUCAAAAACGCCCCCGCCCCGUUCUUCGUCAAGCCUGUUCUCGGCAUCGUCCCGGGCAUCGUGAACAAGGAGUAUAGUCGGCCCAACCUGGAGACGCAUUUCGGGUUCUUGGAGGGUCAGUUGGCGACGACCACCGGUGAAAAAGCUUAUUUGGCGGGUACGCAGUUCACCGCCGCAGAUAUCCUCAUGAGUUAUCCGCUGGUUAUCGCUGACGAGAUCGAGGCGAUUGAUCGCCUGCGAUUCCCGAGGCUGACCGAGUAUGUGAAAGGGUUGCGAGAGAUGGAUGGGUAUCGGAAGGCGGUUGGGGUGUUGGAGGAGGUGGAAGGGCAGUCGUAUAAGCCUUUUUAG